UUGGUCGGGUGUAGGGGGUAAAAACAACAAUUGUAAAACAGCAUUUAUAUGUUGUAACAAUUCUUUGGUCAAAAACAUACACGUUGCACCGAGAUGCACUGGAAAUUUUGCACAAAACACACAUACAUGUAACUCAAAACAAAGCCAAAACAAUAAAUUUUGGUACGCAAAAGGAACCCUAUCACAACAGCACAAUACAGGUGGAUAUUUCUUUAAAGUGUUGGAUGCUUUGUGUUUUUUGGAUCGGCGAUGCUUUUGUGACUAAUGUGGACGUCAGAACAUUAGAUUUUUUUCUCCAGCAAACAAAUGUCUCAAUUACAUUGUUUCCCUGCUUCAAUAGUCAGAAGUCAUCGACAGGUCACAAAUUCAGCGCAGCCAUUUAAGUUAAACCGAUCCCCAGCUUCAAUUUAUUCAUAUUUUGUGGGUUUUGAAAAAUUACACAAGCUUGCGCAACCUUCACCUUACAGUCUAGAAACGGGUAUGUAAGCACGAAAACGACCCAAAUUUAUUACGAAGGUUCAGUUUUUUUUCAAUGAUUUUAAUCUCAGAAUAACAAAAAGCAAGGUCGUAUGAAGACAAGUUAUUAUGAAUAGAGGCAUGGUCAUAAUAGAAAUGAAAUAGCCAUAUCAAAGGGAUAGUUUUUAAUCCAACAUACGCUAGCUUAGACAUAAUCUCCGGAAAACAACCGGUAGGGGGAAAACAGUCACAUUUAUAAUAGUUGCAAACAAGUUCAAAACAGAAAUCAAUUAAGAAAAUAAACAAGUUAAAUCAAUAGGUUUUGGACAUUUAAAUCUGGGUGAAAUACCCAGUGACGCCAUCGAACCCUGACCGUAUAUAAAUGGGAUAUUGUCUAACAUCUCUGAUUUAUAACUUUGAUACAGCAAUGGACACCAGGAGCAAAGAAAAGUGGAAAGUUGCUCUUUUAUACUUUUUUGUGUGGGAAUUAUUAGCAACUAAUGGUGCACGUGCACAGGACUUCCAGGUGUACCAACGAGGUGUCGUUACAGCCGAUCAGUUAACAGAGCUCGAGUUGGGCAACCCUGCUGGCAGGGUUAGGGUGGCACGGAGCACGCGUCACAAGCGGCAGGCGUCCACCGCCUCACAACAGUAUAUAGACGCACACAAUGACGCAAGGACGAACGUCAUCCCUACAGCCACUAACAUGCUGAAGAUGAAAUGGAGCAGUGAACUUGCCACGGUCGCAGAAAAUUAUGCAAAGAGAUGUAUUUGGGGACACAACGCUGGCCGUACCUCCGAUACACAAGCUUUGACGUCACAGUUUAGUUACGUCGGAGAAAACCUUUACGUUACCUCGAGAAGUUCGGCAGACCCUUCCGCAGCGGUAAAGGCGUGGGAUGACGAAAAGUCCGAUUAUACAUAUAGCACCAAGGCCUGCAGCGCUGUGUGCGGACAUUACACACAGGUCGUGUGGUCCAAUUCAGAGUAUGUAGGCUGCGCUUCCCAUACAUGUUCAUCAUUUACGGGGUUAAGUUCUGCAUUCAAUGGCGGGACCAUUGUCGUUUGUAACUACGGACCAGGGGGAAAUUUUAACGGACUACAUCCGUACUCGUCGGGCACUUCCUGUUCCGCUUGUCCUAGCGGGUACACGUGUUCAAACAAUUUAUGUGACGACGGAAGCGGAAAUACAAAUGUUGUGGAGCCUGUGGUAGACUCCGUCAGUCCGAAUGAGGGCAGUUUGUGUGGGGAGACACGGCUUUUGAUCAGUGGGCGGGGCUUCUCCCAGGACAACAUCAAUGAAGGAAACCAGGUCCAGCUGGUGUCCGGAACCACAUCCUACGACUGUCCGGUCAACAAAGAUGGUACCACCGAGGUCAAAGUCAUGUGCUACACCCCGCCCGGGAUGAAGGAUGAUACAUACUAUGUCAGACUGACGGUCGAUGGGAAGAAAGUGCCGGAAAACAAACACUGUGGGGGCGCCACCAGUAGUAAAUGUCGCUUCAGGCCACAUUCUGAGAGAACACCCCAAAUUACAUCCAUUGACAAUGAAGCGGUGGCCCCGGGUAGUGUGUUAACAAUCAAUGGAAAGAUGUUCACCGAUCGGUUUGACACCAACGUCGAGGAAAGCUCCAAUGGAAGAACGGAGAAGAUCCUUAGGGUGUAUGGAGGACCCAUGCUGUGCGAGCUGAAAAAGGAAAAUGAGAAUGAUGUCUUCUAUGGAAUGGCGCUCAAUAAUGAUGGCACUAGUGACGAUGGAUACAUGAUGUGUAAACUCGGUGGAACUUUCGUUGGAAACAACAACGCCAGCUUUAUCAUCAGUGACGGCUUUGGAAGGUCGUGUCGCAGUGGAAGCAGCCUCUAUCUGAGUCGUAACGGACAAAUCUACCAGUACCAGACCUACGCAGAAAUCACGUCAGUCACGCCCAACACGGGCAGCAUCGGGGGCUGCACCACUAUCACCAUAACGGGCCGUAACUUCGAUGACAAGGAAUCUCGAUCUAAGACUCAAGUCUUCGUAGGAGGAACUAAAUGUGAGGUCCAGUCUUUGACGACCACAGAAAUUGUGUGUAAAACUGCCAUGCAACCCUCGCCUGUCCCAACAUCUUACCCAGGUAACAGAGGUUUAACAUUGGAAAUUUGGAACAACACGGCCAAAUCCCACUCCAACUUAGAUGACGUAUUACUACUGAAUGAUUCCGCGCCGGAUUACAUUCUUUCACACACUGACAAGACCUACCUCUCGGAGAACCUGGACAAUUAUGUGUCACGGGCCCGUGGCUACUUCAUUCCUCCCUACUCUGGAGUCUAUGCGUUCAGGAUAAUGGCAGACGAUGGUGGAAGCCUCUACUUCAGUACCAGUGACAAUCCCGAUGAUAAGACAAAAAUAGCUUUUUCCAAGUCCUACACAAACAGAUAUACCAAAUUCCCGGAGCAGACGUCACAAAGGAUUAGCCUCAUUGCUAACCAAAAGUACUAUAUGGAAAUUCUUCACCGGGAGAAUUCCGUUGCAGCCUAUGCAAAAGUAGCUGCUCAUUUGUACGACACAAAAUUGACCAAUGAGAGCAUAGCAGCAGCCAAACAAGAGAACCAGUUAAUUUCUGUCCGAUCCACCAUCGUCAGGGAGAAGCAGACGGUCACUCUGAGUGGAUUCUCCACCAAAUCUAGCGUUAAUGAGGUACAGGAAGUGGACCUGACGGAGAAUGGUGGAAGCUUCUCUGAUGCCACCUUCAGACUGGGCUUGGAUGGAGUGUAUACUACUCUCCUGACCACCUCCACCCCAGAGGCUGACAUAGGAAGUGCUCUUCUGCAGCUUCCUGUUUUCCACCCGUCCGAAUCUGUUACCGUGACAGCAGCUCCUAAAGCUAACGGAGCUGGUAUUGUAUUAACAGUCACCUUCUCCUCAAAAAGAGGGGACAUCAAUACACUUCAGUACAAGACCUACCCUGGUUCUAAUGGGGAGACUCUCGGGAUCACAGUGACAGAGAAAACAAACGGAGUCCCCAGUGGGGAGUAUUUCACUCUGAGUAUGGCGGGAGUGACCUCCCCUCUUCUGGAGUAUGAUUUGUCUGCUAAUGAUAUGAAAGAUGGAUUGAACCAACUUUUUGGUGUCAGAUGUCCAAAAGCCAUUGCUAGCCCGGCAGCUACAAAAGUUCAUCACACGUUUGAGGAGAGUAUUCCUGGGGGGUUGGGAGGGAGUAGAAUCGGAGAUGAGGAAGCCUUUUGUGGGAAAUACUCGGUGAAGAACCCCUGGUACCUCUACAGAGAUGACGACACUGGUCUUAAACUGGGUCAGAGUGUCAGAAUGCUAUGUUUUGCUUACAAAGGUGUGAUUAGGGACUUUGUGAGACUGUAUUAUUCGUACACUGAUGCACAGAACGUUCAGCAGACUGGCAAAGCGACCACCUUCUCUCACAGCAUGGUCCACACUGCGGAUAUCUGGAAGUACGCCUGCUUUGACAUGUACACGGCCCUAACAGGCAAGGUUCCCACGGGAACAAGUUUCAUCCUGACUCGUGCCCAGGUGUUUCGAGAGAGUGCCGAGGUCCUUUUUGAUGAGGUGAUCAUUGGACGAGAACGACCUCUGACCUCAGAUGCUGAUAUUGCAACGGUGAAUGAGCUGAGGAUGAGGGCUUCUACACCCAAUAAUUACCGAAUGGAUCAAGUUCAGGUUGAUAAAACAACCGUCAACAACAACCCAACAUAUGAGAUCACACUGACUCCAUUCGACUGCGGCUACAACUUCCGAAAAUUCCAGUCGGUUAAUGGGCAGGUUGUGUCCGGUGGUUCAGUCUCGGUGGUUCGAACCCAGACAGCCUCUCCUCCAGUCCAGGGAAGCUUCACGGUAACAUUUGCCGGGAAAUCCAAGUCAGGAAUUCCUUAUGAUGUGACGGGAGAAUCCCUGAUCGAGAUGUUAGAAUCAGGAAUCCCAGAAAUGGGGAAUGUGUACGCAUAUCGCCAUGGAGACUGUGCUUCAUUUGACCUAAGUGUGGCCUUCCUUACUAAAGCCGGUGACCAGGAAGAAAUGCAGCUUACAAGUCAACUAUCUGGCGUAGAUGUAAUGUUAAACAUCUCCACAGUAGUUGAUGGAGGGAUAACCUUUGACCCCAUUCAUGGUGACAUGUUAAUGACGUACCAUGACAAGCCACAGGUGAUGGCCUACAUAAACGACAUCCCCACUAAAUGCAGUGGAGUGUGUACGUUUGAGUGGACUAUGGCAGCUACUAUGACUGUCACCUCAGUUAACCCCACAACAGCCACAGCAGGAAAUGACAUCACCAUAAUUGGGACAAAUUUCGACACGGUGGCAUCCAAUCAUAAUAUCACAAUCGGUGGAGUGGAGUGCGUCCCCAAGUCUUCCACCACCACUCGGAUCAUCUGUACUGUGGGCAGUGGACCUGCAGGAUCGUACCCAAUAGAAAUCAUUCUAGCAUCCAAGGGGUGUACCCACAAUGCUAAUGGAAACGUGACCUUCACUUACCCAUUCCAACUGUCCAGUGUCUCCCCGCUCUCUUCAAACCUCGGAGGUGGAGUUGAGAUUACCUUGACUGGGUAUGGCUUUGGUAAUGAUGAUAAUGUCACGAUUGGUGGAUCACCAUGCAGCAAAAGAUCUACAACCUCGACACAGAUUGUCUGCAUUGCUCCCAACUCUAACUCGGCCGGCACAGGAGACAUUGUAGUUCACCAGACUGGUGGGGGCACUGUGACGUUUGGCAGUCAGUAUAGUUACACAAACACGGGAAUGACCGUCAUUUCUUCCGUCAGUCCAUCCACUAUUUCAGUCGGAGGAGGUGACACUCUGACCAUUACUGGUUCCAACUUUGACCUGUCCAGCAACCUGACCAUCGGUGACACCGUUGUCCCCAUUUCCUCCAUCACGGCCACCACAGUCACUGCUGUCCUACCAGCGAUGCAGCCCGGAAACUACCCCAUCAAACUUGCAGGUUCAAGUGGAUACGCUGUUGAUGGUUCCAACAACAUUCCAUCUCUAGACAUUAAGUUCCGUAUUACCAAUGUUUAUCCGCUCCAAGGUUCAGUGAUGGGGGGGACCAGAGUAACCAUCACAGGGGAGGGCUUCUCCACCAACACCACAGGGACAGCAGUCAGAGUGGGACCGAACGACUGUAUCAUAGAGUCAGCCACCUCCACCCAAAUCAUCUGUCUGAUCCAAGACACAGCUACCAUCCACAAAGUGGAUAACCAGGGCAUUCAUCCACAAUUCAAGUUGUCAGGAUAUGCAUGGAACCCCAAGAACCUGGAGAUCAAAACGGGGGAUAUUGUGGAGUGGAGAUGGUUCUUUGCCUCCUACAUCACUGGCUUCACCCCCCGGGUUGUUCAGGUCAAGGAUGAGGUGUCCACAGAGGAGUUCCCUGGGGGCUUCAACAGCGGAGCACCUGCUGCCUCAGGCGUGUUCAGACACCGGUUUACGGUGGCUGGUAAAUACUGCUACUGGAGCGACUAUUGUGACGUCUACAAGACAACCUUUUUCCGAGGCUGUGUCAGUGUGGUGGACAGACCCUCCACUUCCUCAGGGGAAGUCUCUGUCACCAUGGGACAAAUUGCAGCCCAACAUAUCAUAAACUCAGGGGUUUCCAAUCCUGUGGACACCAGUGCUUGUAAGGGUUCCACUGAUCUCCUCCCCAGCUGUUUUCUUCUAGCCUCACCCACAGGCAGCACCAAAUUCCAGUUCACCUUCUCUCGCUGUUCCACGCCAGUCAUCACCUCCAUCAGCCGUCAGAGUGGCUCUUCCCAGGACGUGAUUGACAUUGAAGGAGAGGGCUUCAGCUCCACAGAAUGCCAGAACGAGGUCUACUUUGGUAACAACCUCUGCUCGGUGACAGCCGCGACGUCAACCAAGAUUUCCUGUAAUAUUGACCCCAGCAGUUCUCCUCAGACGGGGAUCAUGGAGGAAAUCAGAAUGAGGCACAACAAUAUGGGCAAUGCUUUGAUUCAGAUUCCUGGUCAGACUGCGCGGACAUUUGCCCUGGUUCCCGAGGUAACGGACAUUCUGCCUCCUCUUGGGUCUGUGAUGGGAGGUAAUGAGAUCGAGAUUGUGGGCACUGGUUUUGAUGAUGACAUCUGGGUGACGGUGACAAUUGGGGGAUAUCCCUGCCCUGUCUCUGAUGCCACCUACACCUCAAUCAAAUGCACAGCCAGGAAUCUAAACUCAGCUGGACCCAAGACUCUGGAGGUCUCUGUAACUUCUCCGACCGGUAGCUCAGUCCAGGCUAAAUGUGGAGUGUUAUGUCAAUAUGUGUAUGACCCUAAUGUCACCCCUCAGUUAGGCGGUGUGACCCCGGGUAAUGUGGAUGGAGGUUCGCCCACAUCACUGAGUUUCACUGGGUCAAAAUUCGGAACUGUUCCUUCUGCUGUGUCAGUCACUGUAGGAGAUGAAAUAUGUACAGUGUCCUCCGUGACCGAUAGUACCAUUGUGUGUGCAAUCCGCUACCUCCCUGCUGGAGCUAAUACCGUGAAGGUCCUAGUCAAUGAUGUCGGCCUGGCCCAGGGGUCGCUGACGGUGGCAGGAGAUACCACAAUCGCCCGUCUGUCAUCCACUGAUGGCAGCACUAACGGAGGAUCACAACUCACCAUUGAGGGGAAUGGUUUCGUGUCUGGUACUACUGUCAGUAUAGACGGAUCAGGCUGUGUGGUGACGGAGGUUACCUUGAACAAUGUGACCUGCACCACACCUGCUCAUGCCGCCGGGGCUGUGGUGGUCAUGGUUACCUCCAACAGUCAGACUUAUCCUCAGCAGAACUACACGUAUGCCACCGCCAGCACCCCAGCAAUCACAGCCGUCAGCCCCGCCCAGGGAUCAGCAGGCACCACCCUGGUUCUGACAGGACAGAACUUUGGUGCCACCAACGCUGAGAAUGUGGUCACUGUUGGAGCAGCAGUUUGUGUGGUGACGUCAUCAUCUGUUACAGAAGUCCGGUGUACAGCAGGCGUUCAGAAUGUCGGUUCAUUCGCUGUGGUACUGACAGUAACCAACAAAGGGCAGUCCAAUAAUGAUCAGAUGUUUGAAUAUCAGCUGUUGCUGUCCUCCAUCACACCUACCAGUGGAAGCAGUGCUGGAGGUCAGGCAGUAACAUUAUCAGGAUCUGGAUUUGACGCUGGGACAACAGCAACUGUGUGUGGCCAGCCAUGUGUAAAGGUCGUUAAUGCCACCCAAACGGCUGGGAGCUUUGUCUGUAAAACUCCAGCAGCUACUGCCCCUGUAGUAGGCUCACAGGCCUGUGAUGUCAAUGUAACAGAAAAUGGAGCAACAAGAACUCUGAUUGGAGGGUAUACAUACGACGCUUCAAAAACUGCCGAGAUUACUGGAGUCAGUCCUGCCCGUGGGGGCACAGGAGGGGGCACCUCUGUCACAAUCACAGGGACAGGAUUCGGUUCUGUUCCGUCUGAUGUAACGGUGACAAUAGCGGGAACCCCCUGUGAUGUUGCCUCGGUUACAAACACUCAAGUGGUGUGCACAACCAACCAACACAGCAAGUCCGAGAAAGUCAAUAUUGAAGUGGAGGUCGCUGGCAAUGGAAUCGCUACACAGACUUCGGCUGAGUACUUCUAUGUGGACGUCUGGUCGUCUCCAUUUACUUGGGGUGGAGGACCGCUUCCUAAGGAGGGUGACUUUGUGGUCGUCAGUAAAGGACAGAACAUUCUUCUGGAUGUCGACACGCCAAAACUCAAAAUCAUUCUCAUUAGAGGAGGUGGAUUGAUAUUUGAUGAAAAGAAUCUUCAUCUUCAAGCAGAGAAUAUCCUUAUUACUGACCAUGGUGUGCUCCAGAUUGGUACCGAGACUGCACCAUUUCAGCAUCAAGCCACAAUAACACUGCACGGCCACCAUCGCAGCAAAGAGUUUCCAAUCUAUGGAGUCAAGUCUAUUGCUGUUAGGACCGGGAAACUCGAACUUCACGGUAAGCCUAUUGCUACCACAUGGACAACUCUAGCAUCAACAGCCGCUGCUAGCAGCUCCACGAUCGUCCUGAAAGACGCUGUCACCUGGAAAGCAGGAGACCAGGUUGUCAUAGCAACAACCAGUCAUCGUCACUCGCAGAGAGAAAAUGAGUUCCGGACCAUUCAGUCAGUUGGUGGAGACCAGAAAACUAUCACUUUGACACAGCCCCUGACCUAUGAACACUUGGGAGUGUCUGAGACGUUUGACGGCACACAGGUAGAGUUCAGGGCUGAAGUUGGCAUGGUUACCAGAAACAUUAAGAUUCAGGGAGCCAGUGAUUCACAGUGGGUAGAGAAGAUUGAAGCCUGCCCAGAUGGGUUCGAUACAGGUGAAUUUGCUGUCCAGACCUGUUUCCAGGGUCGAUUUGGGGAGGAGAUGGGCAGUGACCAGUUUGGCGGUCAAAUCAUGAUCCACUCUCCUGUAGCUAAUCAGCUCACUUCUCAUGCUCACAUCGAGUAUGUGGAGUUGUUCCACGUCGGUCAAGCUUUUAGACUUGGCAGGUAUCCCAUCCAUUUCCAUUUGAACGGGGACAACACUGGGUCCUAUGUCCGAGGCUGUGGAAUCCACGAAACCUUCAACAGAGCAGUCAACAUCCAUGGCAGCCACAACAUCUUGGUAGAGAAGAACGUUGUUUACAACGUGAUGGGUGGAGCCCUGUUCUUCGAGGAUGGAAUUGAAACUGGAAACACCUUACAGAACAAUUUGUUGGUGUUUGUGCGAGAAAGCACUAGCUUACAAAAUGAUGAUGUGACGCCAGCUGCCUGCUGGUCCACCAAUCCCAACAACACAGUGCAGUUUAACCAUGCUGUGGGUGGGUCUCAUUUCGGUUUCUGGUUCAGAAUGCAUGCUCAUCCUGACGGACCCUCUUUUGAUCCUGAUAUUUGUCCCCAGCAUGUUCCUGUAGGAGUGUUCAAGGGAAAUGUGGCUCACUCCAAUGGUUGGUUUGGAUUGUGGGUGUUUCCUACUAUGAAGUCAAGAACUGGGGGAGAAUGCGGCUCAACCACUCCUUACCAAUCCGUUUUUGAGAGUUUGACGGCGUGGAACAAUGAAAAAGGAGCUGAGAUAGUUAACGGUGGUGCUUUUGUCAUGAGAGACUUUGUUCUAGUCAACAACAAACUUGCUGGUUAUGAAGGGAAGAAGAUCUUGGAGGGUGAACAGCUCAUUCAGAACUCUCUCAUCGUGGGUCAUGCUAGUUCUCUUACAAAGGUUGAACAAGGCUGCACUAGGGGAGGAGUCAUUCUGCCCUACGGUUACAGAUUUAAAUUGGAGGGUGUCAGAUUUGUCAAUUUCGAUGAAAGUGGAUGCGCUACAAUUGCCACUGCUAGAAUCACGGGCACCUGUUCUUUCCUUUGUGGGGGGUUCCUUUAUCACACCCAGGAUCUUAAGUUUGUGAAUGCCCCCAACAAAGGCAGAUACGAGUGGCUCUGGGAGUCUGUCAUUAAGGACAUAGAUGGCACAUUAAUUGGGGAAACUGGAGAUGCUGCCUCCAUUGCAGCUAAUGUGGGAAAAACUGUCAUUUCUACCUCUGAUACUCUGCCUCCUACAUGUGUCUCAUUCCCGAAAUUCAGCACCAGUGUGGCAGCCAGUGCCUGCGAUCCCAAUGUCAAAUUCCACAGAUUUGCGUUCAACGAGAUAUCCCCAAGUUCACUUCUAUACAAAGAUGCUAUCUUUAUCAACAGGUUCGGAAACGUGACAAAUCCCUACCGCAAGAAGGCCAUCACUCAUCCAAAGGGCUGGAACAUUAAUUUGGUGGAUGGAGAAGAAUAUGAAAUCAUAUUUGAAAAUGCUGAACACUUAUCCAACAUUAGUUACAAUGGAAGAUUUGAUUUAUUCACUGAAUCUGGAGCAUCAGCUGACUAUGUGAUCAUCAAACAAAAAUUGGCCACCGCACCUGAUCGAUUUAUGAUGGAUGGGCGAACACACAAGAACGGGACCCAGGCACCACUGGACCCCAGCACCGAUAUUCACGGAGCAUGGGAAUAUGUGUCUGCAGACAAGCAAAUCAAAUACCUGAUCUCUGCUAGAACUACUGCACCAAACAUCACCACCCCAGCCGGACGUAAGAAGCGAGCCUCGCCUUCAUCAGCCGAACGCGCAGAUAACCUCCAGGUUAAUUUUAAGUCCUAUAAAUGUUUCUUUACUGACUGCAUCGCCCCACCCGACCCUAAUACUAUACCCCCAGUGGACCAAAGACCAUCUGAAGUACAGCUUUGGUCUGAUAAAGGAACUUGGAACGGCACGGAGCCUGGAUGGGGAGGUUAUAAUAACGGAUCAUAUGACCUACCUGUAGAUGGCGAUGAUGUCAAGAUAGCAGAAGGUAAAUGGGUGCUUGCGGACACGGUCUUACCACGAAUGGGGAAACUGGUAUUAUAUGGAGUACUACAGCUGGAUCAUAACAAUGGAACGCGGGACUUUGUGUUGAACUGCACCUACCUUGUGAUUCUUGGUGGUCGACUGAUUGCCGGGUUUCCUAAUGAACCCUUCCUGUCCAAUCUCUUAAUCUCUCUCCAAGGAGACCACAGCACUAAUGGAUACACAGGGAUUAGUGGUCCACCAAUCGGAUCAAAGGUCAUAGCUUCAUUUGGAGGGCUGGAUCUUCAUGGGAUCAACAAAGGGGAGAGCUGGACUCAGUUGACCCAGACAGCUAAUACAGGAGACACCCAGCUCCAGUUACAGGCGGCCGUCAACUGGACCGCCGGGGACAAGAUUAUUGUGGCUCCUACCAGCUACAACACAUGGGAGGCAGAAACAGUGACCAUUACGGCAGUGUCUGUGGACAAAACAACGGUCACAGUCACACCGGCUCUUCAGUUCAAACAUAUUGCUCACACUGAAACAGCAAAUGGAAUGUCAAUCAAAAUGGCUGCAGAAGUCGGACUUUUGAGCAGAAACGUAAAAAUUGAGGGUGGAGCAUACCUCAAGCAAGAGGGUCAGUCGUUUGGUGCGAGGAUUGUCGUAGGACAAGCAGUGGAAGGGAAGAAUUCUUAUAUUGGAUAUGCUCGUAUUUCUAACGUGGAGUUUGUGCGUAGUGGUCAGGAGGGCUACAUUGAUCCCUGGGAUUCCAGGAGCGCUGUGGCAUUCAUUGAUGCCGGAACAGUGUCUGCCAUCAAGCCAUCCUACGUCAGAAGCUGUUCCUUCUAUCACAGUUACUCCCCCGCUGUUACAGUGUAUGGCACAAACAACCUGCCGAUAGAAUGGAACGUGAUGGCUGACAAUGUAUGGUUCGCCAUUGAGUCUCAGGGUGAUAACACUCAGAUCCGAAACAACUUCAUAACUAAAACGCAAUGGGAGGGCGCUUACCAGGAUCGCCUUGAGACCUUCAACGUGCGAUACAAUGGAGCCAUUAACCUGGACAAGGCUACGAACCCCGUCCUGGAGUACAAUCACGUGGGAGGAUGUGAGAGAGUCGGGUUUGCCAUUCUCGGGGAGCAGUGUAGUGCCCCCGGCAAAUUUGUAGGAAACGUGGCACACAGCUGCCUGCUGGGAGUGGCUAAUAUAAUGCUAACACUGACUUCUGAUUUGUCGCCUUGUGUGAAGAUUUCCAACUUCACAGUAUGGAAGAAUUUGGAUUAUGGUAUUUACUACCAGAACAGUGCUCCGAACGAGAUGUCAGACAUCCUGGCAGCAGAUAAUGGAGUCAGUAUUUUCCAGUUCAUUGCCGGACCUAGCGCCACAGGCCAUGCCUAUGCUGACCAGUACACCACGGUCAAGAAUUCUCUGGUCGUCGGAACAUCUGGAGCUUUUGAUUGUGCCACGGAUAAACUGCCGAGCGAUGAUAAUAUUGAGCUGAGUGGAAAUUCCCGACGACAUCCCGGAAACAAUAUGAGGGUUGGUGUCACCAUGCCAACCUUCUCGUCUGGAGGCAAUUCUGCUCCAGGAAAACCAUUUGCAGGAGUCAAGAAGUACCAGGCUAUUAUGGGAAGAUUUAACAUGGAAGACGUGACUCUCGCCAAGUUCUCUGACGUGUGUGGUAAUGGUGGAGACUUCGCAGUGACUCCUAACGCAGGAAAUGAUGACGGUAACCACCCAAUGUACACCAAACGAGUGACAUUCGUAGACGUAAGCACCGACUACAGGAUUAAAUACUGGCGGUCCAGCAUAGGUAAGAUCAACUCUGCAGACUGUGUGGACAUGGCUUGUGAUGCUAAGGUGAAGUCCCUAAUGGUGGACGAGGAUGGAUCCUUCUUGGGAUCUCCAGGAGCUGUCAUCCCACAGUCUGAGCACGAGUGGAAUGGAAAUCCACAAAUGGGAUUGGGAGACUACAGAAUCCCAAAGGAGAUGCAGACUCGGCUUGACGGGACCAGAAUACCAGUGGCGGAGCUUGCUCCUAAUAAAGGAAUCAUCAGAACAAAUAACUGUGUGUACCGAUCUAAAUGGCAGGCGUACGAGUGCCAUGAUUACGAUUACUUCACACUGACCAUCGAGAGCAUGGACUCAGACACAGAGACUCGGCGUCUGUCACCGGUGGCCAUCCUUGGAGAUGGUUACCUUGACCUAAUUAAUGGUCCUCAGGACCAUGGAUGGUGUAGUGGUUAUACCUGCAGGAAGAGGCUGUCCACUUUUCAGGCUCUCGUGGCGUCAGGGAAGGAUUACUUACUUCAUUACACAAGUACGUCCCCCCAGAACUCCAGAUUCUUCCUUCUGAAUGCAAAAGACACUGACUGCAUCGUACUUUCCAUUUGGUACUCCCAGCCAUGGCGACUAGAUGUCUACCAUGACAGCGUAUAUGUUAAGCCAGAAAACGUUCGAUUUGUUAAUCCAGGAAACCGAUACAUCAUUGACCCACCACCGGUUGGUCAGCCAGAUUUCUACAAACCAAAUGUGACCAGUUGCCAGGACACAGCGGGAGCAAGUUAUUUUGACCGUGAUUCCGGAAUUUUAACCAUCAACAUUCGAGGGUCCAAACCAAUCGAUAUCAAAACGGUAGACGUCAUUAUCGUAUCCUUCCAGUUCCCCGCCAUGAAGGAGUCGGACUUCUAUGGAGAGAACAUCGUCAUGAAUAUUGCUGCGUUUUGUGACAUUGAUGCUAGUCGAGUCCGAAUCACUAACAUUGUGAGAGAGACGCCUUCCAUCGGGCGUAGGAGAAAGAGAUCUGCUGGAGACAUCACUGCCUUCUCUGUGGAGAUUGGAAAUCCCCCUAGUGCAGGUGUGAACAGCACUGCGGUUGCUGGAGACCUCACCUCAUCAGAACUUGAAACAGCAGGCUCCAAGAUUGUGAAUGAAAUCCAGCUCGGGAACUUCAGUCAGAUUAUCAAUGUCAGCCAGGACACCACCUACUCCAUUGCUGAAGCCCCGCCCACUCCCGGCAGUCAGGAGUGGGGCGAGAUCAGUACAGAUGACAUCCCAUAUACCCCACUAUACAUUGUGGAUGCCAUGAAGUUCAAACCAGCUUUAGUGCCUCAACACGAAGGAGUACCAUUUUUCACCCAGCCCAAAAUACAAAUUGUAGAUAAAAAUGGAAACGUGAUAAAAAAGCUGGGCACAUCCUCUCACCCCUGGACCGUGACAGCGAGCGUCAGAGUCGGAACGGGAAAUCCGAGCGCUGUGUUGGAGGGUAACACAACACUUAACGUAGUGGACGGCUGGGCCAAUUUCACCAAUCUCCUCAUCACUCACUUCGGUCAGAACUACAUUCUGGAUUUCAACAUUUCCUACCCUGACGAGGGGGAGAAUGUCAGCCUCUCUAGUGACCCAUUCACCAUCGCUGGACGUCCAAUCAAAGGGUCACUGGUCAGUCGGUCUACCACUGUGGUGGAGAAGGCUCUGUUGUCCGUUGUUCUGGAGCUGAAGGAUGAAGUCACCUUGGAGACGAUUUCUAACAUCACAUGGAGAGGCCACACUUGGACAGUCACAGCAGAGCUAGGGAUGCCAGACCUCUACAAUGGAUCCCUUGUGGGUAUAACAACCACCACCUUCGACUCGAACACCGCCCAGGCCAGCUUUUACUCUCUCAAUCUCACCAGUGUCGGGGUGUACGUGGUCAAGUUUACCGUUGUCUCCAAUCCCGCGGACUACAACUUCACGUACGAGGAGCUGAUUCCGGUGAAAGCCCAGAGUCACAUUAAUCUGGUGAUUGAAGACACCCAGGAAGUGGUGGUCAAAUUCAAUGAAGAUUAUGACACAAUUGUGGGAACCACAAACAACAAAUAUUUUGCAGCCAUGAUGGGCAACUCUCUGGCCAACACUUACCCCGAGAUUAUACUGAACACCAUCUCUGUAACCAGAGGCAGCAUCAUGGUAACCUUCCAAAUCAGUGGCUCCAAUUCCUCCGUCAACAGCACUGUGUACGCCGUGUGCAGCUCCAUUCAGGGUGGACAGACGUAUUCCUUCAAUGGGCAGGCUCUCUCACUGACGAGUUACCUGACGGUGGGCGGGGCCACUUACUAUGGGGUUACUUGUGGAGAUAUGUCCUCGACACCCACCAGCAGUGAUUCCACCAACAUUGUGCUGAUUGUAGCAGUGGUUUUGGCGGUGGUGGUAGUUCUCCUCCUGGCUGGUGGUGUCCUUCUCUGGAAGUGUAAGGUGGUGCCCAAAACUAAAACCCAUGAUUUUUACAACACCAAAUACCUCGGUAACACCAAGGACAUUGACGAGAUCCUGUUCAGGGAACAGUCCUUCAUGAGUAUAAGUGCUCCCAUUGCGACGAAUAUCCACUACGACAAAAAACAGCCUUGGUGAGCACUAAGGACAACAUCAGGAGUCAGAUGGUGUAAUGGAGCAUUCAACAUAUUUCUGAUGAUGAUAUCUCGCAUCAGAUUAUCCUGAAAGAUUCUUUUUUUUUAUUGAUUUUUAUUUUACCUGUGACAAUCCUUGUUGCAAAGUCUGUAAAAGUCGGAUUAGAACAGCAAGUGUUUUAACUGUGAUAAAACAUUUUUAUUUAGAAUAUACGAUUUCUGAUCUUUAUUCACUCGUUUCAACUGUGAUAAAAUAUUUUUAUUUAGAUUAUACGAUUUCUAUUCACUCGAUUUUACCCCUUGUCUGUGAUGUUGAUAGAAUCCUGCCAGUGUUGACAUGACAACAAAACAUUAUAAUACAAGUAGUUAAUUUCUCUGUGAUCUGAACUUUUAUUGAUGUAGCAUUUAUAAACUGAUGUAUACGCUGUUUUCUGUUGUUACCUGUUGUGAAGACUUUUAAUAAAAUUUAGAUUUC